UUCCUCGCUUCCAUUUUCCCUCCGAAUUCCGUCCGCCAUGGCCUCUUCUCCUUCUUCUUCCCCCCUCGCGUCCACGCUCAAGCCCCCCUCGAAUUCCCCAUUUUGCCCCCGCCGCCCUCCCUCCAAGUUCUCCUCCCCGCUCCUCUCCUUGUCCCGCACCCUCAGGCCCUUCCCUUCCCAGCUCAAUGCCGCCUGCCCGCGCCGCUCCCAGAGGAGGACCGCCGCGCCGGUCCGGGCCCAGACGCUCGACUUCUCCGGCACCUUCUUCGAGGGCGGGCUGGGGCCCGAGGACGACCCGGGGUCGCCGCCCGGGUCGGGCGCGACAGCGGUGGAGGACAGGGUGGAGCCCCAGUGCCCGCCCGGGCUGAGGCAGUACGAGACCAUGGCGGUCUUGAGGCCCGACAUGUCCGAAGACGAGAGGCUCGCGUUGACCCAGAAGUAUGAAGAGCUGCUUGUUGCUGGAGGUGGCAUGUACGUCGAGGUUUUCAACAGAGGCGUGAUUCCGUUGGCCUACAGCAUCAAGAGGAAGAACAAAGCAGGGGAAACUAACACCUACUUGGAUGGUAUCUACCUUCUCUUCACCUAUUUCACCAAACCCCAGUCCAUUGCAACUCUGGAGGCCACCCUGAACGCCGACGAUGACGUAAUCCGGUCAUCCAGCUUCAAAGUAAGAAAGAGGAAGUAUAAUUAGUUUCUUUCGUAAAAUCACGGGUCUCUCGCCAGAGGUGGAAAGGAAGCAAAAUUCUCGCAUGCGACUAAUUUUACUUGUGGUUCUGCUUUUGCAAUUAUUGGGGGUCCGGCGUUAUAGCUUCUUCUUUCCUUUUUUGACCCUUUUCUGCUGUAGGAUAAUCCGGUUGAUAGAGGUGGGCUGGUAAGCAUAACCGUGGCUUGUAUGUUGUGACAUGAAGCUUUAUAAAAGAACAGUUCCUGGAAA